AUGAGUGAGCUAGUCUUAAUCAAAGGAUCUCAAAAAAAUAAACAAGCUAUAAGAGAGUUAAUUUUUCCUUCCUUGUUAACAGCAUUUAGUUUUAUCUUGGGAUAUUUUCCGAAUACAAUUUCAAUAUACUUUAUUGAAUACAAGGAGUAGGAUUCAGUACUGGUUGGAGCAUUAGGAUUGGGUAUUUUGAUUACUUAGGCUGUUGGUAUGGGACUUUUGAAUGGAAUUGCAACUGGUUUGGAAACUUUGGUAUCACAAGCGUAUGGAGGAAAUCAAUUUGAACUCUGUGCAAAAUUAUAUUAUCGAUCAUUAUUUGUAUGUACAUUAUUUAUGAUACCAAUAUCGUUAUUUUUAUUUUUUUCAACGCAAUGGAUGUCACUUAUAAAUAGCAAUGAAUAAUUAGUAAAUGAAGCAGGAAAAUUUAACAAAUAUAUGAUUUUGGGUGUAUAUUUAGAUGCCAUUUUUGUGAACACUAAGGUAUUUCUAAAUGGUUAAAACAUCUAUAAUUAUCAAUUUUUCACAUAACUAAUCUCAUGUGUAUUUUUUUUUGGAAUGAGUUAUUAUUUCAUUGUUUAAUAGGGAAUGGGAAUAAUAGGAUGUUCUCUAGGUUGGACUUGCUUUGAAAUCGCGAAUAACAUACUUUUAUUUGCCUUUAUCUUUGCAACAAAAUGUUGUGACGCAACAUUAUUUCGAUUUAAAAUUUCCUAUUUGCAUAAUACUAUUAAAUUUCUCAAAGAAGCUAUCCCAAUUGGAUCCAUUUUAUUGCUAGAAUGGAUAAGCUAUGAUAUAUACUUAAUAAUAGUUAGUUAUUUGGAUGAAUCAUCAAUUAGUGCCCAUGUUUUGAUGGGCAAUUUUGCAUCCUUCAUCUAUUAGUUCAGCUAUGGAAUUUCUAUUGCAUCAACUACAUUUAUUGGAAAUGAAAUGGGGAGAAAAGAUACAGUCAUGGCUAAAAGUUAUGCCAAAGCAACUUUUUUGAUUGCCAUAAUAUUUUUAGUAAUUACUUUAGGAUUUUUCUCCAUUUUUGGAAAACAAUUGAUCGAAAAAGUGAGUCAUGAUAAAGCUGUUGUUGAAGAAAUAUAGAGUAUCAUGUAUCUUCUUACGUUCUUCAUAUUUAUAGAUGGAUUACAAGCUAUAAUAUCUGGUUUGGUAAGAGCAGUUGGUCGAGAGGCCAGUGCCUCUUUCACAUUUAUAUUUUGUUAUCUGAUUUUAGGAGAAGCUGUGGGAUACCUUUUCUGUUAUACUUUGGAUUUUAAACUAACAGGAAUAUGGAUUGGAAUGACUGUGGGAUCUUUAACUUAUGAUAUUAUACAAUUUAUAAAUUUGAUUUGGAAGAAUUGGAAUGAAUAAGCAGAACUUAUAGAAAAAAAAAUCACAUCAUUACAUUAAUUAUAGGUCCAAUUGCUAAUGAAUGAAGAAGACAUUUGA